UAUGUGAGUCGACAGUGGAAAAUAAGCACAACUGAAAAAAGACUGGCAGAGCAAGAUUUUGAUCAAUCACCAUCUUUAUAAGAUAGUAUAAGCAAACAAAUAUAUUUCUUCUAUUCACUUACAUGUCUGUAGUGAGUUCAUAACAAAGUAGAAUAGUCAGAAAAGAGUAAAAGGCCUACCAUUGUUUGUGUUAAAGAGCAGCCAUGAGUAAGAAAUCUCUUUGUGUGCUUUUCAUCAUUUCCUUCCUUCAAACAGGCAUCUCCAACAACAGAAUAUCUAUCAGUCUCAAUCAGGAGGGAGAUAAUAUAAAUGUCACCUGUGCUCUAUCUGGGAAUGAGCGUCUAACUCAAGUCAACUGGGAGAUGGUGCAAGGUUCUAAUCACACCAAACUGGGAAUCUUUCAUCCUAGUCAAGGCAUUUACAUCUUCCCUAAACACUCUGGCAAAGUAAAGAUUGAGGGGCAACAAGGCCCUCUGGCAUCCUCAAGCCUGUCUUUGCAAAAAGAAGCACUCAAUGAGAGUGAACUAAUCUGCUGUCAGUUCAUUACCUUUCCAUCAGGCAGUCUAAAGGAAUGUGCUGACAACAGUGAUGCAGUGCUAAAAAGUGUGCUUAUAUCACCAGCUGAACCCCAUGCAGGAGGACUAAAGCAGAGUUUAUUUGGACAAUUUGGAGCUUUGACAGUUGGAUGCAUACUUUCUCUCUUAUUUCUGACCAUUCUUAUCUAUAUUUGUCAGAAAUGUAUCUGUAGGAGAACACAAGUGCUUGAGAUACAGCAUGUGUAUACAGGCCCAUCAGCAUUUGCAGAGAUGUACACAGAGGAGACAUGUGAACUACAUCACUCCCCCUCCCCCUCUGGCUUUGACCCUUCAAAAUUAUAUGCAAAGAUUAAAGAGGAUCUAUAUUAUGGACGUCUAUGGAAGGCCUACCAAGGUAGAGCACGCGUAUCAACACAAGGGGGCCUGACUGGUUCAAGACAAAUUUACUACCUUUUAGGUGAGAAUCCCUUACCACAAAAGGAUCCAGAUCCCAGCCUGGAAAUCCCAGAUGCAAUGACAAUGUCAUCAUCAGACAAUAGCAUCUGAAUCUACUAUCACCAGCUAGCCAAUAAAAGCUAUGACUUGCACAACAAAAAAAAAAAAUUGUAUUUAAUUGCAUGUAAUUGUAUUACAGUAGUGCUGCUUCAAAAGAUUUCUAUAAAUUAUGAGGUAGCCAGAGUCAUAGAAAUCACAAAAUGCUGAGUCCUUUUCAAAUUAAAUAUAGCUACUCUAUAGUACAGUGAAAAAACAGCAUUUUUUUAAAUUUCUGUGAGUUUAAAUAAUAUAUAUAUAUAUUUUUUAGAAAAUCUGUUUUCAUUGGUGACAAAGUGUCUGUGUGGGUGGAAGUAAAAAAAAAGUAACUUUUAAAACAUGCCUGUAUUAGUGUGAACUGUACUGUACUGUAUGUUUAAAGUAUACAAAAGUUUGUAGGCGGCACGGUGGCUUAGUAUUUAGUUCUGUUGCCUUGCACUUCCAAUGUCGGGGUUUGAGUCCCGUCUUGGUGUGCAUGGAAUUUGCAUGUUUUGCCCGUGAUUGAUGGGUUUCCUCUGGGUACUUUGCUUCCUUCCCACAGUCCAAAAACAUGCAGAUUAGGCAUUCUCAAAUUGCCCGUAGUGUGUGUGUGCCCUGCGUUGGAUUGGCACCCUAUCUAGGGUGUACCCCGCAUUUUGCUCUUACUCUCCUGGUAUAGGGACCUGGAAUUUUCCUGCAACCCAGUAUACAGGAUAAAGCAUACCGAUGAUGAUGGAGUGAUUGAGUGAGUAAGUGAGUGAGUAAAGUUUGUUUAGAUCAGGCAACUGUAUAUGUACACAAAAUAUUUUACAAAAUAUUUUUAAAACACCUAGAUACCUUAUCGUGUGCAUGUACAGUACAUAUACUGAAUUUGCACAAAUACUGCUAUCUUAUAGCCAUUCUGCUUCUAACCACUUAUGCUUCAUAUUUAAAUAACAAUUUUACAGUCAAAUCUUGAGAUUGACUUAAAAUAAUCUACUUACUUCAAUUUAUUACUUCUUUCUCAGUAAGUAUAUUUUUGUUUUUCCUCACCGCCCUUUUUUCCUUAAACAAUGUAUGGACUCAUGGACUCAUGGACUUUAAAAGCAUACCAUUUGGCCCAACAUUAGGGAGAUCUCCACCUGUAUUGGGGGUGUCUAACAAUUUUUUGUUUUCAAAUACGCUGUGCCCCAUUAAUUUUAAGAGCAAGAGGCUUAUCAAAACAACAUGAUCUACUUUUCCCAUCUAGUGCAGUUAAAUAUCAUAAAUAUAUUAAAUUUGUAUAAAAGCAAUCAGGUUAUUAUUAUCGGGACUGGUUACUGGCAGCAGUAUAUAUUGAUAAUAGUGUAAUUUAUGUCACAUUGCAACUUUGUUGAAAAUGUUAGUGCUUGCAUGUGCAUUAGAAAAAAUCUUUUUUAAUGGGAGUUUUAUCCAUUUAUUUUGCAUGGAAACUAGCAAUUUACUAUAUUUGUGUUCAUUAUAUCUGUAUGUUGUAUGUCGUAUGUUUUUAUGUUGAGUCACCAAUUAAGUUUAUUUAGUUCAUAUUAUUAUUUGCUAACUAUGAGAAGUGUAUCUCGUGCUAAAAUACAAUGAUAUUUAUAUAUAUACUUUUAUAUAUAAAAUAUUAUACCAAAUUUCUUAUUUAUAUAAUUUCAAAUAAGUAUUUUGUAAUUUAAUACAAUUUUAAAUUAUAUCAUAAAAAAAAUAAUACAUUUCUUGGGAUCUCAAAUGUAUGUUUUCCAGAGUAGUGACUUAUGUAAAAAGCAGUAAAUAUAUUGAAAUGAUGGUGGUUUGGUCAUGUUCAUAUUUAUGUUGGUUUAUGGCACAAAUUUUAUCUGUAUGCCCCAAGUAGCAAAAUAGAUAUGUCUUAAGAAAAUGCUGUUAUUUUAAAUGGUUGUUCGAAAUUAAAUUAUAUGGUAUGGUAUAUGGUACUGUUAAACAAAAACAGUUAUAUAUACAGUAUUAGAAUCUGUUUAAUUAUCAAUGCAAGUAAAUGCAUAUUAUAUCACCACUAUGACACUCUACGCACAACGUUUGUUUGAAUAUAUGCUUUGCAUGGAACUGAAAUGAUUUAGAUGUUGCAUGUCACUCUCAUUUUGUCAUUUACCACUCUUUCAUUACAGCUCUGUGGCAUGCAUGUACAUAGAAAAAAAUGUCCCUUAUUAGUGUAAAUCUAAGUUUAAAGCCUGCACAUUCUUAAUGUUAAAAUGAUGUUCAGUUGGCCUCCAGUACUAAUAUGCUAAUAUGUAAAUGAGUAAAUGCACACUGUUUUGAGGGUUUGCCUGCUUUGACACACCUGGACAAACUCCAUAGAAAAGCACGUACACAACCAAGCCUAUGAUUGAAGUUGCCUUAAACAAGCUUAUGAGAUUGUCAUAACAGGCAAACUUUGUCCUGUAGUCAUGGAAAUUGUCCUGAAAUGUUAAUGUGUCACAUGCAGUACCGGAGUAUGUCUAUGCAGUGGAUAGUACUGAAAAUCUGACAGUAGAGAAUCCAUUAACACCUUAACUCAAACAUUUAUAUGAUAUUUCUGUGCAAUGUUCAUUCCCUGAUGUAUGUAAUCUAUAUAUGCUAAAUGUUGACAUGGAUAUUGCUU